AUGCAAUGGCGGCGGGCCCGGAGCACGGGCACGAGCAUGGUCAAGGCACAAUCUGCACGCAGGCAAAAAAGCGUCCCUGAACCUCCACAUUACUACCCUUCUCCGCGCCCUGGUGCAGGGAGGGCAGGCAUGGCAACAUCUCCCUGUACCACCUUUACCUUGGCACCGACUCGUGCAAUACCAAGCACCCUGGCAUCUGGGCGGCAUCUGGCAGAUGCGACGGGGCCAGUCAAGAACACCAAUGUGCCGACUCUGGAGGUAAAGCUCCUCCCUGCAGGUCCAUCACUUGCCGUUGGGAGGAAGCCCCAAAAGGUGGUGCAACCAUCUCCGCCGCCCGAUCCGACCCGACCCUUAUUUAACAAGGUCUGCCAUCUGCCGCGCCUGCUGUAG